AUGGGUCAAGUAGAAACAGGUGUAAUGAAGACGCACACGAUUGUCCAUUUUACUCCAUCAAAUAUCACAGCUGAAAUCGAAUCGAUCGAGAUAAACUACGAAACUAUUAAGGAAGCGAUACCUGGUGAUUAUGUAACACUUCAUGUGAAAAGUAUUCAUACGAGAGAACUACGACCAGGAUUGAUUGGCUCGGAUCCAACAAACGAUCCGACUCAAAAGUCUUGA